AUGCAACAGAUGUUCGGCCAAUAAGCGAUAACCGAUAAAUAUAUCCCAUAACUUGGGAAAUGACAACUAUGUGGCAGCACUAACGAAAAACUUUCCUAUGGGCAUCACUGCAAGCAAAACAGCUUUGAAAAUUAAUGUUAUUUUAACUUUGUUAUGUUUUUUUACAUUUUAAUUUAUCAAACAUUUAUACAUAUAAAAAAUCUUUUUAUUAAUGCGAAUAAUAGUCACUAAAUGAGAGCAAAUUAUGGUAAUAUUUGAAAAUCCCGCGGCAAUCAGUAAGUUCUCAACAAUCUGGCAGCACCUUACAGUCUUCUUGGCAGCACUGGCAGCGUGUGUCAGCUGUUCUGUGCACGUUUUUUAUUUUAACAAAAAUUGAGAAAUAUUGUGCGUUCCGUCAAAAGCAACAAAUGCGUGAGAAUGGUGGACAACAUAACGCUAAAUGUAAACGUUAAGCCGCCCACCAAGGCGGCCAACAAAACACAACAGAGCCAGAAGGCAAACGUGCCGGCGCUGAAGAAGCGUGGCGUCAAGGAGCAAGAUUUGGGCUUUCAAUUUAAUGUGGAGAAGCCGAAAGUCAAGGCAAUUGUUGUGCGGCGAAAGGCGACGGCGACAGCCUCGAAUUCGAAACCAAAUAUUACUACCGCAUCCUCGAGUUCGUCUGUUAAAAUACCUCAAACUCAACCGAAUCCUGUUAAAUCUACGAAUCCUUCUGAGGAUAUUAUGUUUAAUGGUGUGCCACCAAAGACCACUCCUGCGAAGGACGAUUUCAUGCUAAAUGUAACCACAGCCACUUCGAAUAUUGUGCCAAAAGCCAAACCGAAACUCAUGACAAGAGCCGAGAGAUUGAGCAAAAACAAGCGGGACAAGAAGCCUCUGGCCAAGCUCAGCGAUGAGCAACUCAAGAACGCAUUGAAGGUCUCCAGAGGAGCCAUAAGGAAUCCCAAUCAAUUGCCACGGCCCGGCGAUAUUUUCCGCGCUCAAAUGGAAAAGGAAAGGCGUCAGAAAGCAAAGGCUAAUGGCGUUUUAAAAGACUCUUCGGAAUCACCAGAAAUGUCACCAAAACCUCCACAAACAGCGGCAAAAGGCUCUGAUGAAGAAUCUGGAGAGGAAUCACAAUCCAAAGCAGAAAAAUCCCCGGAAUCCCAGUCACAGAAACCCCAAAAGAAGGAGGAAACUGCGUCCAUAAAUCGUUUUCGCACCAAGAAGGUAGGACUCUUCGAUCAGAGCGAUGUCGAAGCCCUUAAGCAACUCGGACAGAGGGCUGUCAAGACGGUAAAGGAGACAAUAUUCUCCGGAUCGAAAUUAGAAACCUUGGGCCUGCAUCCGCAUGCCGUAAAGAAUCUGCAGGAUUUGCUCAGCAUAAAGGAACUGACGACGGUGCAGGAGAAGGCCAUACCUCAUGUGCUCGCAGGAAAGGACGUUCUGGUGCGAUCCCAAACUGGUUCCGGCAAAACCCUGGCCUACGCACUGCCUCUGAUCGAGAUGCUGCAGAAGAAAAGUCCGAAGAUCAAGAGGACCGAUGGUGUUAUGGCCCUGGUGAUUGUGCCUACCCGAGAACUGGUCAUUCAGACCUACGAGCUCGUCCAGAAGCUGGUGAAACCGUACACCUGGAUAGUGCCGGGCUCUCUGCUGGGCGGCGAGAGCCGCAAGAGCGAGAAAGCGAGACUGCGGAAGGGCAUAAACAUCCUCAUUGGCACGCCGGGUCGGCUGGUGGAUCACCUGUUACACACGACCAACUUCAAGCUGACUAAGCUGCAGUUUCUCAUCCUGGACGAGGCCGAUCGCCUGCUGGAGCUCGGCUACGAGCGGGACGUCAAGCAGCUGGUGGAGGCCAUCGACAAGCAGCGUGCCGAGGAGAAGGAUGCUCCUGAACUGCAGCGAUUGCUGCUAAGUGCCACACUCACGUCCCAAGUCCAGCAACUGGCCGGUCUCACCCUAAAGAAUCCUCUGUACAUAGACAACAGCGACGAGGCGGCCAGUGCCGCUCUGAAGACAAAGGAUGGCUACCAAAAGGAAUCCAUAGAAGCCCAACUGGAGGUGGAAGACGACGGCUUGGGUGAGUACCAGGAAGAUGUCACCGGCGUGCUAAGCAUUCCCGAGAACCUGCAUCUCAGCUACGUGGUGGUGCCACCCAAGUUGCGUUUGGUGGCGCUCUCAUCGCUGCUGGCAAAGGAAAUGGACGCAAAUCCGAAGAACUUUAAGGCCAUUGUGUUUAUGAGCACCACGGAAAUGGUGAACUUCCACCACGACAUGCUGAAUGAGGCGCUGACCAGAAGGAUACUCGACGACGAGGAUGAAGAGGCUUCGGACGAGGACGGCGACACACCUCUGUUAAAUGGACUGCGCUUCUUCAAAUUACACGGGUCCAUGACGCAGACGGAGCGACAGGGCGUCUUCCGUGGCUUCCAGUCCUGCGAUAGCUGUGUCCUCUUGGCCACCGAUGUGGUGGGUCGCGGCAUCGAUGUGCCGGACAUUAAACUGGUGCUGCAGUAUACUCCACCGCAAACCACAGCAGACUUUGUCCAUCGUGUGGGUCGCACAGCCCGAGCUGGACGCAAGGGUCGAGCAGUGCUCUUCCUGGCACCCAGCGAGGCUCAGUAUGUGAGGCAUUUGGAAAAGAAGCGCAUUCGCAUUCAACAGGGCGACAUGUAUGCCUAUCUUCAGACGCUACUGCCAAAGGACGAGGAGGCGAGGACCGUGCAGGAGGCGGCCUCCAAUCUGCAGCACAAGUUCCAGUCGCUACUCGAGGACGACAAGGAGUUGCACGACAAGUCUUGCAAAGCCUUUGUGUCCUGGAUGAAGUUUUACUCGACAUUUCCCAAGGAGCUGAAGCCCAUCUUCAACGUACGCAUUGCCCACAUGGGCCACUUUGCCAAGAGCUUUGCCCUGAAGGAGGCGCCCAGCAAGUUCGCCGCCAAGCAUGCCGCGCCCAAGGCGGCCCCGCCCACCAAUCGACUGACCUACACAGAGCGUGAUCCCGAGAAGGUGCAGGCCCAGAAACGGACCAAGCGACGUAUGUUUACCACGACGGUCAGCGGAGAUGUGCGCCAGAUGCAGCAGCAGCGAGAGGGAUCUGGUCCGGGCAGAUUGACAGGCGCUUCUGGAGGAGCAUCGUCCUCCGUCGGCGGCCGGAGCAGCUUCUUGAAGAGCAUGAGCAAGUCCAGGGCACUGCACACAUCCGAGUUCGAUAGCGGAUUGCCGGCAAUGGGACCAGCGAAGCGACGUAAGGUGGCGUAGGAGGAGGAGGAGUAACCCCAGCAAUCCAAGGAGGAGGAGAACUCCCUAGGAUUCGCUGUCCGGACGGAAUGCUUCCUCGGGCACUUUGCGGCGCUUUAUGCGCGCCAUUUUGCUCAAGCCUGCUCAAGCAUUUAAUCGAAAAGAAAAUUGCGCCGUCUACUGUAUAUAUAUAUAUAUAUAUAUAUA